AUGGAGUAUGUAGUCAAACCAAGUCGUGAAGACCCCACUCUCACCAUCAAGCUCGUCAACUGCACUCCGAUAUCGUCAAGUCGCAAUGACCCCACUCUCACUGUCAGCUCAUCCCCCUAUCUGUCACUCUCUCGACCACAUUUCACUCAACACGACGACCCUCUGCAGGGUCAGUGCAAUCUCAACACUCCCUCCCUCCCUCCCUCCCUCCCUCCCUCCCUCCCUCCCUCCCUCCCUCCCUCCCUCCCUCCCUCCCUCCCUCCCUCCCUCCCUCCCUCCCUCCCACCCUCCCUCCCUCCAUCCCUCCCUCCUUCCCUCCCUCCCUCCCUCCCUCGCUCCCUCCCUCCCUCCCUCCCUCGCUCCCUCCCUCCCUCCCUCCCUCCCUCCCUCCCUCCCUCCCUCCCUCCCUCCCUCCCUCCCUCCGUCCCUCCCUCCCUCCCUCCCUCCCUCCCUCCCUCCCUCCCUCUACCCCUCCCUCCCUCCCUCCCUCCCUCCCUCCCUCCCUCCCUCCCUCCCUCCCUCCCACCCUCCCUCUACCCCUCCCUCUACCACUCCCUCUACCCCUCCCUCUACCCCUCCCUCCCUCCCUCCCUCCCUCCCUCCCCCCCUCUCUCCCUCCCUCUCUCCCUCCCUCUCUCCCUCCCUCUCUCCCUCCCUCCCUCCCUCCCUCUCUCCCUCCCUCUCUCCCUCCCUCUCUCCCUCCCUCUCUCCCUCCCUCUCUCCCUCCCUCUCUCCCUCCCUCUCUCCCUCCCUCUCUCCCUCCCUCCCUCCCUCCCUCCCUCUCUUCCUCUCUCCCUCCCUCCCUCUCUCCCUCCCUCCCUCUCUCCCUCCCUCCCUCGGUCGCUAUCAGGUUCUCACUCUUCUAUCUGUUUUCUCUCCCUGCGAAGCUCAAAUCGCUAUCAGACCCUUGACGCCAUUCCACACACCUCAACCGACGGUGCCAUCCGCCCUGCGCCAGAGGGCCAACUUCCUCCCAACCUGCUUUACCCCAGCUCACUUCCUUUCAGCCAACUUCCUCCCAACCUGCUUCCCCCCAGCUCACUUCCUUUCAGCCAACUUCCUCCCAACCUGCUUCCCCCCAGCUCACUUCCUUUCAGCCAACUUCCUCCCAACCUGCUUCACCCCAGCUCACUUCCUUUCAGCCAACUUCCUCCUAACCUGCUUCUCCCCAGCUCACUUCCUUUCAGCCAACUUCCUCCCAACCUGCUUCCCCCAAGCUCGUUUCCUUUCAGCCAACUUCCUCCUAACCUGCUUCACCCCAGCUCACUUCCUUUCAGCCAACUUCCUCCCAACCUGCUUCACCCCAGCUCACUUCCUUUCAGCCAACUUCCUCCUAACCUGCUUCCCCCCAGCUCACUUCCUUUCAGCCAACUUCCUCCCAACCUGCUUCCCCCCAGCUCACUUCCUUUCAGCCAACUUCCUCCCAACCUGCUUCCCACCAGCUCACUUCCUUUCAGCAAACUUCCUCCUAACCUCUCACUUCCUUUCAUCCAACUUCCUCCCAACCUGCUUCCCACCAGCUCACUUCCUUUCAGCAAACUUCCUCCUAACCUGCUUCCCCCCAGCUCACUUCCUUUCAGCCAACUUCCUCCCAACCUGCUUCCCCCCAGCUCACUUCCUUUCAUCCAACUUCCUCCCAACCUGCUUCCCACCAGCUCACUUCCUUUCAGAAAACUUCCUCCUAACCUGCUUCCCCCAAGCUCACUUCCUUUCAGCCAACUUCCUCCCAACCUGCUUCCCCCCAGCUCACUUCCUUUCAGCCAACUUCCUCCCAACCUGCUUCACCCCAGCUCACUUCCUUUCAGCCAACUUCCUCCAAACCUGCUUCCCCCCAGCUCACUUCCUUUCAGCCAAAUUCCUCCCAACCUGCUUCCCACCAGCUCACUUCCUUUCAUCCAACUUCCUCCUAACCUGCUUCCCCCAAUCUCACUUCCUUUCAGCCAACUUCCUCCCAACCUGUUUCCGCCCAGCUCACUUCCUUUCAGCCAACUUCCUCCCAACCUGCUUCCCCCCAGCUCACUUCCUUUCAGCCAACUUCCUCCUAACCUGCUUCCCCCCAGCUCACUUCCUUUCAGCCAACUUCCUCCCAACCUGCUUCCCCCCAGCUCACUUCCUUUCAGCCAACUUCCUCCUAACCUGCUUCCCCCAAUCUCACUUCCUUUCAGCCAACUUCCUCCCAACCUGUUUCCUCCCAGCUCACUUCCUUUCAGCCAACUUCCUCCCAACCUGCUUUCCCCCAGCUCACUUCCUUUCAGCCAACUUCCUCCUAACCUGCUUCCCCCCAGCUCACUUCCUUUCAGCCAACUUCCUCCCAACCUGCUUCCCCCCAGCUCACUUCCUUUCAGCCAACUUCCUCCCAACCUGCUUCCCACCAGCUCACUUCCUUUCAGCAAACUUCCUCCUAACCUGCUUCCCCCCAGCUCACUUCCUUUCAGCCAACUUCCUCCCAACCUGCUUCCCCCAAGCUCACUUCCUUUCAGCCAACUUCCGCCCAACCUGCUUCCCACCAGCUCACUUCCUUUCAGCAAACUUCCUCCUAACCUGCUUCCCCCCAGCUCACUUCCUUUCAGCCAACUUCCUCCCAACCUGCUUCCCCCCAGCUCACUUCCUUUCAGCCAACUUCCUCCUAACCUGCUUCACCCCAGCUCACUUCCUUUCAGCCAACUUCCUCCUAACCUGCUUCUCCCCAGCUCACUUCCUUUCAGCCAACUUCCUCCCAACCUGCUUCCCCCAAGCUCGUUUCCUUUCAGCCAACUUCCUCCUAACCUGCUUCACCCCAGCUCACUUCCUUUCAGCCAACUUCCUCCUAACCUGCUUCCCCCCAGCUCACUUCCUUUCAGCCAACUUCCUCCCAACCUGCUUCCCACCAGCUCACUUCCUUUCAUCCAACGUCCUCCUAACCUGCUUCCCCCCAGCUCACUUCCUUUCAGCCAACUUCCUUCCAACCUGCUUCCCCCCAGCUCACUUCCUUUCAGCCAACUUCCUCCCAACCUGCUUCCCUCCAGCUCACUUCCUUUCAGCAAACUUCCUCCUAACCUGCUUCCCCCCAGCUCACUUCCUUUCAUCCAACUUCCUCCCAACCUGCUUCCCACCAGCUCACUUCCUUUCAGCAAACUUCCUCCUAACCUGCUUCCCCCCAGCUCACUUCCUUUCAGCCAACUUCCUCCCAACCUGCUUCCCCCCAGCUCACUUCCUUUCAGCCAACUUCCUCCUAACCUGCUUCCCCCCAGCUCACUUCCUUUCAGCCAAAUUCCUCCCAACCUGCUUCACCCCAGCUCACUUCCUCUCAGCAAACUUCCUCCUAACCUGCUUCCCCCAAGCUCACUUCCUUUCAGCCAACUUCCUCCCAACCUGCUUCCCCCCAGCUCACUUCCUUUCAGCCAACUUCCUCCCAACCUGCUUCACCCCAGCUCACUUCCUUUCAGCCAACUUCCUCCAAACCUGCUUCCCCCCAGCUCACUUCCUUUCAGCCAAAUUCCUCCCAACCUGCUUCCCACCAGCUCACUUCCUUUCAUCCAACUUCCUCCUAACCUGCUUCCCCCAAUCUCACUUCCUUUCAGCCAACUUCCUCCCAACCUGUUUCCUCCCAGCUCACUUCCUUUCAGCCAACUUCCUCCCAACCUGCUUCCCCCCAGCUCACUUCCUUUCAGCCAACUUCCUCCCAACCUGCUUCCCCCCAGCUCACUUCCUUUCAGCCAACUUCCUCCCAACCUGCUUCCCCCAAGCUCACUUCCUUUCAGCCAACUUCCUCCAAACCUACUUCCCCCCAGCUCACUUCCUUUCAGCCAAAUUCCUCCUAACCUGCUUCCCCCCAGCUCACUUCCUUUCAGCCAACUUCCUCCUAACCUGCUUCCCCCCAGCUCACUUCCUUUCAGCCAACUUCCUCCUAACCUGCUUCCCCCCAGCUCACUUCCUUUCAGCCAACUUCCUCCCAACCUGCUUCCCACCAGCUCACUUCCUUUCAUCCAACUUCCUCCUAACCUGCUUCACCCCAGCUCACUUCCUUUCAGCCAACUUCCUCCUAACCUGCUUCCCCCCAGCUCACUUCCUUUCAGCCAAAUUCCUCCCAACCUGCUUCCCCCCAGCUCACUUCCUUUCAGCCAACUUCCUCCCAACCUGCUUCCCCACAGCUCACUUCCUUUCAGCCAAAUUCCUCCCAACCUGCUUCCCCCCAGCUCACUUCCUUUCAGCCAACUUCCUCCCAACCUGCUUCCCACCAGCUCACUUCCUUUCAGCCAACUUCCUCCCAACCUGCUUCCCCCCAGCUCACUUCCUUUCAGCCAACUUCCUCCUAACCUGCUUCCCCCCAGCUCACUUCCUUUCAGCCAACUUCCUCCUAACCUGCUUCCCCCCAGCUCACUUCCUUUCAGCCAACUUCCUCCUAACCUGCUUCCCCCCAGCUCACUUCCUUUCAGCCAACUUCCUCCCAACCUGCUUCCCCACAGCUCACUUCCUUUCAGCCAAAUUCCUCCCAACCUGCUUCCCCCCAGCUCACUUCCUUUCAGCCAACUUCCUCCCAACCUGCUUCCCACCAGCUCACUUCCUUUCAGCCAACUUCCUCCCAACCUGCUUCCCCCCAGCUCACUUCCUUUCAGCCAAAUUCCUCCCAACCUGCUUCCCACCAGCUCACCUCCUUUCAUCCAACUUCCUCCUAACCUGCUUCCCCCAAUCUCACUUCCUUUCAGCCAACUUCCUCCCAACCUGCUUCCUCCCAGCUCACUUCCUUUCAGCCAACUUCCUCCCAACCUGCUUCCCCCCAGCUUACUUCCUUUCAGCCAACUUCCUCCCAACCUGCUUCCCCCCAGCUCACUUCCUUUCAGCCAACUUCCUCCCAACCUGCUUCCCCCAAGCUCACUUCCUUUCAGCCAACUUCCUCCAAACCUACUUCCCCCCAGCUCACUUCCUUUCAGCCAACUUCCUCCUAACCUGCUUCCCCCCAGCUCACUUCCUUUCAGCCAACUUCCUCCCAACCUGACUCCCCCCGGCUCACUUCCUUUCAGCCAACUUCUUCCUAACCUGCUUCCCCCCAGCUCACUUCCUUUCAGUCAACUUCCUCCCAACCUGCUUCCCCCCAGCUCACUUCCUUUCAGCCAACUUCCUCCAAACCCUCUUCCCCCCAGCUCACUUCCUUUCAUCCAACUUCCUCCUAACCUGCUUCCCCCAAUCUCACUUCCUUUCAGCCAACUUCCUCCCAACCUGUUUCCUCCCAGCUCACUUCCUUUCAGCCAACUUCCUCCCAACCUGCUUCCCCCCAGCUCACUUCCUUUCAGCCAACUUCCUCCUAACCUGCUUCCCCCCAGCUCACUUCCUUUCAGCCAACUUCCUCCCAACCUGCUUCCCCCCAGCUCACUUCCUUUCAGCCAACUUCCUCCCAACCUGCUUCACCCCAGCUCACUUCCUUUCAGCCAACUUCCUCCAAACCUGCUUCCCCCCAGCUCACUUCCUUUCAGCCAAAUUCCUCCCAACCUGCUUCCCACCAGCUCACUUCCUUUCAUCCAACUUCCUCCUAACCUGCUUCCCCCAAUCUCACUUCCUUUCAGCCAACUUCCUCCCAACCUGUUUCCUCCCAGCUCACUUCCUUUCAGCCAACUUCCUCCCAACCUGCUUCCCCCCAGCUCACUUCCUUUCAGCCAACUUCCUCCCAACCUGCUUCCCCCCAGCUCACUUCCUUUCAGCCAAAUUCCUCCCAACCUGCUUCCCACCAGCUCACUUCCUUUCAUCCAACUUCCUCCUAACCUGCUUCCCCCAAUCUCACUUCCUUACAGCCAACUUCCUCCCAACCUGCUUCCUCCCAGCUCACUUCCUUUCAGCCAACUUCCUCCCAACCUGCUUCCCCCCAGCUCACUUCCUUUCAGCCAACUUCCUCCCAACCUGCUUCACCCCAGCUCACUUCCUCUCAGCAAACUUCCUCCUAACCUGCUUCCCCCAAGCUCACUUCCUUUCAGCCAACUUCCUCCCAACCUGCUUCCCCCCAGCUCACUUCCUUUCAGCCAACUUCCUCCCAACCUGCUUCCCCACAGCUCACUUCCUUUCAGCCAAAUUCCUCCCAACCUGCUUCCCCCCAGCUCACUUCCUUUCAGCCAACUUCCUCCCAACCUGCUUCCCACCAGCUCACUUCCUUUCAGCCAACUUCCUCCCAACCUGUUUCCUCCCAGCUCACUUCCUUUCAGCCAACUUCCUCCCAACCUGCUUCCCCCCAGCUCACUUCCUUUCAGCCAACUUCCUCCCAACCUGCUUCCCCCCAGCUCACUUCCUUUCAGCCAACUUCCUCCCAACCUGCUUCCCCCAAGCUCACUUCCUUUCAGCCAACUUCCUCCAAACCUACUUCCCCCCAGCUCACUUCCUUUCAGCCAAAUUCCUCCUAACCUGCUUCCCCCCAGCUCACUUCCUUUCAGCCAACUUCCUCCUAACCUGCUUCCCCCCAGCUCACUUCCUUUCAGCCAACUUCCUCCUAACCUGCUUCCCCCCAGCUCACUUCCUUUCAGCCAACUUCCUCCCAACCUGCUUCCCACCAGCUCACUUCCUUUCAUCCAACUUCCUCCUAACCUGCUUCACCCCAGCUCACUUCCUUUCAGCCAACUUCCUCCUAACCUGCUUCCCCCCAGCUCACUUCCUUUCAGCCAAAUUCCUCCCAACCUGCUUCCCCCCAGCUCACUUCCUUUCAGCCAACUUCCUCCCAACCUGCUUCCCCACAGCUCACUUCCUUUCAGCCAAAUUCCUCCCAACCUGCUUCCCCCCAGCUCACUUCCUUUCAGCCAACUUCCUCCCAACCUGCUUCCCACCAGCUCACUUCCUUUCAGCCAACUUCCUCCCAACCUGCUUCCCCCCAGCUCACUUCCUUUCAGCCAACUUCCUCCUAACCUGCUUCCCCCCAGCUCACUUCCUUUCAGCCAACUUCCUCCUAACCUGCUUCCCCCCAGCUCACUUCCUUUCAGCCAACUUCCUCCUAACCUGCUUCCCCCCAGCUCACUUCCUUUCAGCCAACUUCCUCCCAACCUGCUUCCCCACAGCUCACUUCCUUUCAGCCAAAUUCCUCCCAACCUGCUUCCCCCCAGCUCACUUCCUUUCAGCCAACUUCCUCCCAACCUGCUUCCCACCAGCUCACUUCCUUUCAGCCAACUUCCUCCCAACCUGCUUCCCCCCAGCUCACUUCCUUUCAGCCAAAUUCCUCCCAACCUGCUUCCCACCAGCUCACCUCCUUUCAUCCAACUUCCUCCUAACCUGCUUCCCCCAAUCUCACUUCCUUUCAGCCAACUUCCUCCCAACCUGCUUCCUCCCAGCUCACUUCCUUUCAGCCAACUUCCUCCCAACCUGCUUCCCCCCAGCUUACUUCCUUUCAGCCAACUUCCUCCCAACCUGCUUCCCCCCAGCUCACUUCCUUUCAGCCAACUUCCUCCCAACCUGCUUCCCCCAAGCUCACUUCCUUUCAGCCAACUUCCUCCAAACCUACUUCCCCCCAGCUCACUUCCUUUCAGCCAACUUCCUCCUAACCUGCUUCCCCCCAGCUCACUUCCUUUCAGCCAACUUCCUCCCAACCUGACUCCCCCCGGCUCACUUCCUUUCAGCCAACUUCUUCCUAACCUGCUUCCCCCCAGCUCACUUCCUUUCACUCACUUCCUUUCAUCCAACUUCCUCCUAACCUGCUUCCCCCAAUCUCACUUUCUUUCAGCCAACUUCCUCCCAACCUGUUUCCUCCCAGCUCACUUCCUUUCAGCCAACUUCCUCCCAACCUGCUUCCCCCCAGCUCACUUCCUUUCAGCCAACUUCCUCCUAACCUGCUUCCCCCCAGCUCACUUCCUUUCAGCCAACUUCCUCCCAACCUGCUUCCCCCCAGCUCACUUCCUUUCAGCCAACUUCCUCCCAACCUGCUUCACCCCAGCUCACUUCCUUUCAGCCAACUUCCUCCAAACCUGCUUCCCCCCAGCUCACUUCCUUUCAGCCAAAUUCCUCCCAACCUGCUUCCCACCAGCUCACUUCCUUUCAUCCAACUUCCUCCUAACCUGCUUCCCCCAAUCUCACUUCCUUUCAGCCAACUUCCUCCCAACCUGUUUCCUCCCAGCUCACUUCCUUUCAGCCAACUUCCUCCCAACCUGCUUCCCCCCAGCUCACUUCCUUUCAGCCAACUUCCUCCCAACCUGCUUCCCCCCAGCUCACUUCCUUUCAGCCAAAUUCCUCCCAACCUGCUUCCCACCAGCUCACUUCCUUUCAUCCAACUUCCUCCUAACCUGCUUCCCCCAAUCUCACUUCCUUACAGCCAACUUCCUCCCAACCUGCUUCCUCCCAGCUCACUUCCUUUCAGCCAACUUCCUCCCAACCUGCUUCCCCCCAGCUCACUUCCUUUCAGCCAACUUCCUCCCAACCUGCUUCACCCCAGCUCACUUCCUCUCAGCAAACUUCCUCCUAACCUGCUUCCCCCAAGCUCACUUCCUUUCAGCCAACUUCCUCCCAACCUGCUUCCCCCCAGCUCACUUCCUUUCAGCCAACUUCCUCCCAACCUGCUUCACCCCAGCUCACUUCCUUUCAGCCAACUUCCUCCAAACCUGCUUCCCCCCAGCUCACUUCCUUUCAGCCAAAUUCCUCCCAACCUGCUUCCCACCAGCUCACUUCCUUUCAUCCAACUUCCUCCUAACCUGCUUCCCCCAAUCUCACUUCCUUUCAGCCAACUUCCUCCCAACCUGUUUCCUCCCAGCUCACUUCCUUUCAGCCAACUUCCUCCCAACCUGCUUCCCCCCAGCUCACUUCCUUUCAGCCAACUUCCUCCCAACCUGCUUCCCCCCAGCUCACUUCCUUUCAGCCAACUUCCUCCCAACCUGCUUCCCCCAAGCUCACUUCCUUUCAGCCAACUUCCUCCAAACCUACUUCCCCCCAGCUCACUUUCUUUCAGCCAACUUCCUCCUAACCUGCUUCCCCCCAGCUCACUUCCUUUCAGCCAACUUCCUCCUAACCUGCUUCCCCCCAGCUCACUUCCUUUCAGCCAACUUCCUCCUAACCUGCUCCCCCCCAGCUCACUUCCUUUCAGCCAACUUCCUCCCAACCUGCUUCCCACCAGCUCACUUCCUUUCAUCCAACUUCCUCCUAACCUGCUUCACCCCAGCUCACUUCCUUUCAGCCAACUUCCUCCUAACCUGCAUCCCCCCAGCUCACUUCCUUUCAGCCAACUUCCUCCCAACCUGCUUCCCCCCAGCUCACUUCCUUUCAGCCAACUUCCUCCUAACCUGCUUCCCCCCAGCUCACUUCCUUUCAGCCAACUUCCUCCUAACCUGCUUCCCCCCAGCUCACUUCCUUUCAGCCAACUUCCUCCCAACCUGCUUCACCCCAGCUCACUUCCUCUCAGCAAACUUCCUCCUAACCUGCUUCCCCCAAGCUCACUUCCUUUCAACCAACUUCCUCCCAACCUGCUUCCCCCCAGCUCACUUCCUUUCAGCCAACUUCCUCCCAACCUGCUUCACCCCAGCUCACUUCCUUUCAGCCAACUUCCUCCAAACCUGCUUCCCCCCAGCUCACUUCCUUUCAGCCAAAUUCCUCCCAACCUGCUUCCCACCAGCUCACUUCCUUUCAUCUAACUUCCUCCUAACCUGCUUCCCCCAAUCUCACUUCCUUUCAGCCAAUUUCCUCCCAACCUGUUUCCUCCCAGCUCACUUCCUUUCAGCCAACUUCCUCCCAACCUGCUUCCCCCCAGCUCACUUCCUUUCAGCCAACUUCCUCCCAACCUGCUUCCCCCAAGCUCACUUCCUUUCAGCCAACUUCCUCCAAACCUACUUCCCCCCAGCUCACUUCCUUUCAGCCAACUUCCUCCUAACCUGCUUCCCCCCAGCUCACUUCCUUUCAGCCAACUUCCUCCUAACCUGCUUCCCCCCUGCUCACUUCCUUUCAGCCAACUUCCUCCUAACCUGCUCCCCCCCAGCUCACUUCCUUUCAGCCAACUUCCUCCCAACCUGCUUCCCACCAGCUCACUUCCUUUCAUCCAACUUCCUCCUAACCUGCUUCACCCCAGCUCACUUCCUUUCAGCCAACUUCCUCCUAACCUGCAUCCCCCCAGCUCACUUCCUUUCAGCCAACUUCCUCCCAACCUGCUUCCCCCCAGCUCACUUCCUUUCGGCCAACUUCCUCCUAACCUGCUUCCCCCCAGCUCACUUCCUUUCAGCCAACUUCCUCCUAACCUGCUUCCCCCCAGCUCACUUCCUUUCAGCCAACUUCCUCCUAACCUGCUUCCCCUCAGCUCACUUCCUUUCAGCCAACUUCCUCCCAACCUGCUUCCCCACAGCUCACUUCCUUUCAGCCAAAUUCCUCCCAACCUGCUUCCCCCCAGCUCACUUCCUUUCAGCCAACUUCCUCCCAACCUGCUUCCCACCAGCUCACUUCCUUUCAGCCAACUUCCUCCAAACCUGCUUCCCCCCAGCUCACUUCCUUUCAGCCAAAUUCCUCCCAACCUGCUUCCCACCAGCUCACUUCCUUUCAUCCAACUUCCUCCUAACCUGCUUCCCCCAAUCUCACUUCCUUUCAGCCAACUUCCUCCCAACCUGUUUCCUCCCAGCUCACUUCCUUUCAGCCAACUUCCUCCCAACCUGCUUCCCCCCAGCUCACUUCCUUUCAGCCAACUUCCUCCCAACCUGCUUCCCCCCAGCUCACUUCCUUUCAGCCAACUUCCUCCCAACCUGCUUCCCCCAAGCUCACUUCCUUUCAGCCAACUUCCUCCAAACCUACUUCCCCCCAGCUCACUUCCUUUCAGCCAACUUCCUCCUAACCUGCUUCCCCCCAGCUCACUUCCUUUCAGCCAACUUCCUCCUAACCUGCUUCCCCCCAGCUCACUUCCUUUCAGCCAACUUCCUCCCAACCUGCUCCCCCCCAGCUCACUUCCUUUCAGCCAACUUCCUCCCAACCUGCUUCCCACCAGCUCACUUCCUUUCAUCCAACUUCCUCCUAACCUGCUUCACCCCAGCUCACUUCCUUUCAGCCAACUUCCUCCUAACCUGCAUCCCCCCAGCUCACUUCCUUUCAGCCAACUUCCUCCCAACCUGCUUCCCCCCAGCUCACUUCCUUUCAGCCAACUUCCUCCUAACCUGCUUCCCCCCAGCUCACUUCCUUUCAGCCAACUUCCUCCUAACCUGCUUCCCCCCAGCUCACUUCCUUUCAGCCAACUUCCUCCUAACCUGCUUCCCCCCAGCUCACUUCCUUUCAGCCAACUUCCUCCCAACCUGCUUCCCCACAGCUCACUUCCUUUCAGCCAAAUUCCUCCCAACCUGCUUCCCCCCAGCUCACUUCCUUUCAGCCAACUUCCUCCCAACCUGCUUCCCACCAGCUCACUUCCUUUCAGCCAACUUCCUCCCAACCUGCUUCCCCCCAGCUCACUUCCUUUCAGCCAAAUUCCUCCCAACCUGCUUCCCACCAGCUCACUUCCUUUCAUCCAACUUCCUCCUAACCUGCUUCCCCCAAUCUCACUUCCUUACAGCCAACUUCCUCCCAACCUGCUUCCUCCCAGCUCACUUCCUUUCAGCCAACUUCCUCCCAACCUGCUUCCCCCCAGCUCACUUCCUUUCAGCCAACUUCCUCCCAACCUGCUUCCCCCCAGCUCACUUCCUUUCAGCCAACUUCCUCCCAACCUGCUUCCCCCAAGCUCACUUCCUUUCAGCCAACUUCCUCCAAACCUACUUCCCCCCAGCUCACUUCCUUUCAGCCAACUUCCUCCUAACCUGCUUCCCCCCAGCUCACUUCCUUUCAGCCAACUUCCUCCCAACCUGA